AUGGCACAUUUAUCAGAUUUAAUCGACCACAUUCCAAUAUCGGAUGAGCAAGAACGUAGCACACUGAAAUGUUGUUGUGGUCGCAGAGAGUGCGCAUUUCUCCUUCAUAAUGGCGAGGUCUUGGAUAAGUUGGAGGGAGAUGUGACAUUAGCUGCUCAAAUGGGUCAGGCUUUGUUAGAAAGACAUGAACAUUACAUGCUCGAUGCGGAACGAGAACGAGCAAAGAUGACGGCGAAGAUCGAGCAGUUGGAAGUGGAUAAGAAGGAAUUGGAAAUGAAAAACGAAAAGACGAUCGAGGAGAAUAAGGCUUUGCUAGAUCAGCUCGAAGGUCUCAAUGAUAGUUAUGAGGAAUCCGAAGUUCAGAUCAAGUUGCUCGAGUCAACGUUACAAAGUACGCGUACCGAAAUGAAACGUCUCGAAACGUUAGCUUCGAGAACAUAUCAACUAGAGAGAGAUUUGGCAAUCUUGGAGGAAGAACAAGAGACGUUACGAAAAACCAUUAUACAUACGGCUGCCGAAGAACGUACGGCGAUAUUGAGAUGGAAGAGAGCGGAACGAGGAUUGUGUGAUUUACAGGAUCAAUUGGAGAGAAUUGAACGAGAAGCACAAGAAGAGAGGGAACGACAUGUGGAAAUUUUGGGUCGGAUGGAGAGACAACGGACAGUUGAACGAGAAUUGGAUACGGCUGCUUGUCGUUUGAAGGGUGCGGCUGCCGCUACAUCAGGCAGAGGCAAGCAUGGUACCAGUGUUGUCUCGCAUUUUGUGAAAGAUAUUUUACAGGAUAAUGCGAAUUUACAACUUGGGAUAGUGGAGUUAAGAGAGAUGUUGAUGAAUUCGAAUGAUGAAGUACAAACAUUACGAGAACAAUUAUUGAUGCAUCAACCGAUGUGUUCGGAGGAUGUUGACAAUGUAGCUCAGCAGCGGACAUUAGGGGCAGAACUUGCGCCAAGCGAACAGGAUUCCGAACAACGACCACAGGAACCACAACUUAUUUCCCAAGCGCUUCACAUCCAUCACCAUUACCAUAUACCAAAGAGAGACGAAGCGCGCAAGCCGAAAAAGAAGCGAACUUCUUUGAGUUCUGGUAUUUUCCCUCUACUUACUCGAAGCCCACAAUCUCCCCGAAUUUCUCGAGGCGCAGAGAAUGCUAUAUUGGCUCAAACAGCAGUCACCGUCCCAAGUCCUAUCAAUACGAAUCAUCGAUGGUCAGUUCAAUCGAGUCAAUUGUCAGAAUUUGCUCCUUCAUCUGUGCCAUCAUCUCCACAAUCUAUGUAUCGAAGUAGUGCUCUAUUCGAUCGAAGUUUCGAUAUUGAUUCAUCGCGUCCGACAUCGCCUACCUCAAGUAUCGACCCAUUGUCGCCUCGAGUUCAUCCUUCAUAUCAUAGAAAGCGUCCAUCUGAAGUUUCAACCAGAAGCUUUUCUGCUAUUUCCAAUUUUCAACCCCAUAAUAUAAUUCACGAAGAGGAGGAUGAUGAUGAUUCUCAUGAUAUUUCGGGCCUACAAUUUACUGGAGUUCCUUCUCUCAUGGAUGAUUCUACAAAUCCUACCACUUCAGAUGUCUCUGAUAAUACGAUUGAUGAGUGGAUACCUCGUCAAUUUGGUCCUAGGUUACAUCGUUCCCCAUCUCAUGAAUCGAUUGUUUCGAUUUCAGGCAUCGAUAUUCAUACAUUAAAAACUCGACCGUCGCAAUUAAAUAUGACUUCGGUCGGCUCAUCAAUAAGACCACAAUCUAGACUUUCAACUCCAACAAUGACGUAUUCUACCGAAACCAUCACUGGUGCGUCUAUGAUUACAGCUCGGCCUACUUUAUCUCGAACCGGCCAUGAUAGUACGAGUUAUCUUCGUUCCAACAUUGGACACUCAAACUCACCGAGAUCAACAAGUAAUGAUCGAAGUUCCAUCCGAUCCAGUUCUUCUAACGAAGGCAAUAAUAGUAGUACUGGUCUAGGAAAGAAAGUCGGUGGUUGGGUCUUUGGUCGCUGGGGAAUGUCUCCUGCGAAAUCAACAAAUGAUCUUAGAAGUUCCUCGAACGCUCAUGUACCUGUUCCUCCACCGACCAUUCGGGCUGUGAGCACGCCAUCUAUUUCCAUAACGCAAGAGCCUCUCAGAGCUAUGUUGGGCAGAGCGGCGGGAAUUAAUCAGAAAGGACCGAUUCCGGGGUUUAGACAAACGGAAAAAGCACCUAGUAAGGUAGUCCCGGAUUUGGUUGAUAGAGAUGCUUUGGCGGAGGUUUUGGAGGAAUGA